AGGGCUGGUGCCAGUGCUGAGGGGGGCAUGGACAUGAAUUUGGUGCCCCGAGAGGCCAGCCAGGGGCUCCCCCCAGGCCUCAAUUGCUUCCCCUGGCCCGCACCCCCCAAGGCAGCCAAGAAACCUAAAAAGGCUGUUCUCUUUUUCGAGGUGGAGAUCCUGGACGGGAAGACACGGGAGAAGCUGUGCUUCCUGGACAAGGUGGAACCCCACGCCACCAUCGCAGAGAUCAAGAACCUUUUCACCAAGAGCCAUCCGCAGUGGUACCCUGCCCGCCAGUCCCUCCGCCUGGACCCCAAGGGUAAGUCCCUGAAGGAUGAGGAUGUUCUACAGAAGCUGCCUGUGGGCACCACGGCCACGCUCUACUUCCGGGACCUCGGGGCCCAGAUCAGCUGGGUGACGGUGUUCCUGACAGAGUAUGCAGGGCCCCUCUUCAUCUACCUGCUCUUCUACUUCCGGGUGCCCUUCAUCUACGGCCACAAAUAUGACUUCACGUCCAGCCGGCACACAGUGGUGCACCUCGCCUGUAUCUGCCACUCAUUCCACUACGUGAAACGUCUGCUGGAGACGAUCUUUGUGCACCGCUUCUCGCACGGCACCAUGCCCCUCCGCAACAUCUUCAAGAAUUGCACGUACUACUGGGGCUUCGCGGCCUGGAUGGCCUAUUACAUUAACCACCCUCUCUACACGCCGCCCACCCACGGAGCACAGCAGGUGAAGCUGGCACUUGCCAUCUUUGUGAUCUGCCAACUUGGCAACUUCUCCAUCCACAUGGCCCUGCGGAACUUGCGGCCAGCAGGGUCCAAGGCCAGGAAGAUCCCCUUCCCCACCAAGAAUCCGUUCACGUGGCUCUUCCUGCUGGUGUCCUGCCCCAACUACACUUACGAGGUCGGCUCCUGGAUUGGCUUCACCAUCAUGACCCAGUGUCUCCCAGUGGCUCUCUUCUCCCUGGUGGGCUUCAUCCAGAUGACCAUCUGGGCCAAGGGCAAGCACAGAAGCUACCUGAAGGAGUUCCACAACUACCCGCCCCUGCGCUCGCCAAUCGUCCCCUUCCUGCUCUGAGCCUGCCGCUGCCCCAGCCUUGGUUCCAGCCAGACCCUUGUCCCCCCACCUCACUGUUAUACUGGCGAGGGACUGGGGUGGUCACAGCUUUCCAGCACCUGGAAUAAAACCCACCUGCCAGCUGGA